UGUUAUACCAUGGCCUUGCACUUCUAGUAUCAAAAAUAUGUUACCAAAAAAAAAAAGAAAAAAACAAGGAAAAAAUCCGUACAGAAAAAUACAUAAACCGAACCAUUUGGGUAAUACAUUUCAAAGACGUUCUCAAAAGACACGCAAACCAUGGCAACGGCGGUUGGGAUCGGAGUCCGAGAAGGAAAUUCCGGUACAGGCGGUGGAAACUUAUCGGAACUUUACCAAAAUUCCAGGCGGCUCUUACUCAAAUCUCGAGAUGGUUUGGAGAAGGUCGAGCGAUUCGAGUACACUUCUUCAUCUUCUUAUUUGCAAUCUUUGUCUUCGUCAUCGAGUGCCCCUAUGGCCGAUCCAUCGGAACAAUCGUUUGACGCUUUGAGAAACGAUAUCGCUCAGAUCCAGUUUCUUUGCUCUGAGAUGGAAAUUCUUUGGCGAUCUAUAUCUGCUAAAUCACAGCGUGAUCUCUGGAAAAGGAAAGUGGAGCAAGUGGCUGAAGAAGCUGACUCUUUGAAAGCUAGUCUGGAUAAAUAUAAUUUAAGACAUCAGCGGCGUAUGCAAGAAGCCCGAGAGAGAGCAGAACUGAUUGGGAGAACUAAUGGUGAUUCAUCCCAUGUUCUGAGGAUUUUUGAUGACGAAGCACAAGCCAUGCAAUCUGCUCGUAGGUCAUCCAGGAUGAUGGAAGAAACCCUGGCAACGGGUGUGGCCAUUCUCUCCAAAUAUAGUGAGCAAAGGGAUCGUUUGAAGAGAGCCCAACGAAAAGCACUCGACGUGCUCAACACUUUGGGGCUGUCGAAUUCUGUAAUGAGACUCAUUGAGAAGAGGAAUCGUGUCGAUAGAUGGAUCAAAUAUGCAGGGAUGGUCUUAACAAUCGCAAUCCUGAUUUUCAUUUGGAGGUGGACAAGAUGAUAGGUGCUUGAUCAUCAACUGGACCAUGAAAACACACAUUUUCUUGGGGUAGUAUUGAGGGCUAUGCAAUUGUGAGAAUCAUGCUAGAGGAAUCAAGAGGAAUUCGACUUGUGUAGCCUAUCUUGAACUCAUGGAGAAAUCUUGAUAAGCAUUACUGCAUUGUAAAAUGUCAAAAAUGAACAUUAUUUUUGGAAACGUUACUGGUAUAUAUCAAUGAAGUUACCAAGUUUAUGCUGUA